AUGAAACAUCAUGCCAAAUUAUUAAUCCUAUGUCCAUUUAAUUCUAUUGGAUAUUAGCUAUUGGAUCAGAAAAUAGAGGAAUACCUCAAAACCAACCAAGAAGAAAUAGUUCUCUACUUGGUGGGAACCCCAAACACAUAUCUGAAGGUCUAUGAACAGAUUUUAUUUCAUCUUUAUGGGAGAACACAACAUUAUCCUACUAAAUUCAAUGUGAUUUUCGAUCUAUUCAACAAGGAAUUCAGAAACAAAUACCAAUUCGAUUUGGUAAUCAAUUUGGGCACUGAUUUAUAAGGUGAUUUCAAUCUACAUUUUAAACUCAAUCAUGAAAUUAAAAAAAUCCAUUUUUCUUAAGAAGGCCAUAAAGUAAAUCAAUAUAAAAGAGGUGCCAAUGGUGGCACUUUUGAUCAUUUACAUAUUGGACACAAAGUGCUUCUAAGUUUAAGCUUGUUAGCAGUCAGUGAGCAUUUGACCAUAGGAAUAACUGGUGAAAUGUUAUAACAAAAAAAGAAAUUGAAAGGUUUCCUCCAAUCCUACAACACUCGUCUGAGAUGCGUCUAAGAGUUCUGUUCCAUGUUCAGACCUGAUAUCGAUUUGUAUUUCUCUGAAUUGGUUGAUCCUGCAGGUCCAACAAGAAAUGGCCAAUAUGAAAUAUUGAUUACCACAAAAGAGUGUCAAAAUUCCUUAUAGUACAUUAAUAAUCUGAGGAAGCAAGAGAAUUUGAAUGAAUUGGAAGGGUACAUAAUUGGCAUGAUUGAAAAUGAGAAUGGUUAAGGAGAGGCUAAAAUAUCAUCAACAUAAUACAGAGAAUAAAUUUCAGAAAGGAAUAGAUUAUCAGAAUAUGAAUAUUUGGAACUCAAGACAGAAUGGCUGUCAAUAAGUGACAAUGCAUAUUGGUUUGAAUCUAUUCUAGUUGAUUAUUAUUCAUAACCUCAGAGACACUAUCACACUUUAAGACACAUCUAUGACAUGUUAAGGUAAUUGAAAGGAGCCAAGAACAUUAGGAAUGUUAAAUUGGCUACCUUCUUCCAUGAUGCAAUAUAUUAUCCUAAAAUUCAUGACAACGAAGAGAAGAGUUGUUUGUUGUUUUAACAGUUUGCCAAGGAAUGCAACAUUGAUUCAGAGGUUGUCUCUAUUUUCAUAUUGCAAACAAAGAGUCAUCAAACUGAUGUGCCAUUCCUACCAGAGGAUGAUUUGACAGAUCUGAUGAUAUUUUUAGAUGCUGAUAUGUCUAUUUUAGAAUCUGAUGCUUAUCCUGUUUAUGCUCAAGAUAUAAGGAAGGAGUAUUCGCAUUUUCCAGAUAAGGAGUACAAAACUGGUAGGAUAGCUGUGUUGUAGAAGUUCCUGUAGUCGAAAAUAUAUAAUUUGAGGAAUGAAGAGAAGGCAAGAAAAAAUAUAUAAGAGGAAAUUGAAAUAUUAUAAAAUUGGGUAGUGUGA